AUGGCUCCCCCCGAUGCAGCAGCGAAACCCACAGCGUCCGCCACCGCCGCCGCCGCUGCCGCCGCAACGUUGACAGCUCAAGCGGCCGCAAAAGCCGCCGCGAAAGCCGCAUCGAAAGCGUCCGCUACCGCGAAAGCUGCCGCCAGUACCGCUGUUGCUGCCACAGACACCGCCACAACUUUCGUUCGCCAGAGAUUGCAUGCGACUUACGUCUGGUUACUCGCCGUUUUCGCCGCAAUCUACCAUCACCCGCACGUGAAGAAGCUACUCAAAGCCGAUUGGUCCGUCAUCCGUGACGUCAUCACUUCCUGUACCACGUCAUCCUCCCCCAGUAGCAGCAGCAGCGACCGCGCAUCCUCGUCCUCUUCCGCCUCCGCCGCUUCCGCGCUCUCCCGCUUCCCCCCGUUCCCCCCCGCGCUCCGCGCGUCGCUGCGCGCCGCCUCCUCCUUCCUCGCGCCCGCGUUCGGCGCGACGGUGAAAGCCGUUCUGCUCCUCGCCGUGACGCUCGUUCUCGCGCCGCUCAUUAGCUCGCUCCUCGCUGUCACGCUCGUGCCGCAGGCCGACGCGCCGCAUCCGACGGCGUGUCGCGUGGUGGAUUAUUUGGAAAAGCCGGAGGCCGAGUCGCGAUUACACAGCCUGCCCGUGCUGUAUUUUAUAGCGGGGUUGGAGACAGCGGGACAGGGCGUGUUCUACACGCUGUUCAGCGAGCUAUACGAAGGGCUGCAGCAGCAGCGGCAGCAGCAGCAGAGCGCGGGCGACAUGGCGGAACCAGAGGCCGAGUGGAACCAGACGGAGCUGCUGCUCACACGCAGCGCGGCGCAGAUCGUGGACAUGUCGUUACCGGGAAGGAAGAUCUACACGGAGUGCCCGAGGAUCGAGUACUCGCGGCAGGCGUCCGACCUCGCUGCCCUCAUCUCCUCCAAGCUCGCCCCGCUGCAGGUGCAGGCAUCAGCGGGGCUGCGGCAGCGGCAGGGCAGGCGGGCGCCAGUGCUGCUCCUAGCCAAUUCCUCCUUCCCCAUGGGCGCCUCCCUGCGCACGCCCCUCGCCCGCCCGGACCUCGUCUCCCUGGGCCUCUACCAUGGCCUCUUGUAUCGCCUCAAGGCGUUCGUGAGUGUGAAGAAUCUUCUUGACAGCAUGCCAUCGCCUUCAGUUCCCUGCUUACCCCCCCUUGCCCCCACUUGCUUCCCCUGCCCCCUCCCCGCACUUGCUUACCCCUGCUUGCCCCCACUUGCUUUUCCACCCCCUCCCCUCACUUGCCUAUCCCACUUUGCCCCCACUUGCUUACCCCCUUUUGGCCCCACUUGCUUCCCCCACCCUCUCCCCACCCCCUCUCCCCCCCGUGCUCCCUGUUGCGGCCCGUCACUGCAGGUGAUAGUGAGCGUGCGGAACAUCUCAGACGUGAUGGCAUCAGCCAUCAGAGCGCACUAUGACAAGGAUGACACCGGCUUGCAGGUCCCUCCCUCCUCCCUCCCUCCUCCCUCCCUCCCUCCCUCCCUCCCUCCCUCCCUCCCUCCCUCCCUCCCUCCCUCCCUCCCUCCCUCCCUCCCUCCUCCCUCCCUCCUCCAUCCCUCCCUCCUCUCUCCCUCUGUUCUUCCUCCUUCUAUCGAUGCCUGA